AUGCGGAAAACGGGAAGAGAUACAGUGAUAUCAAUGGAGACGGGUGCAACACUGGCCGCAGCGACAUCGAAAGAAUUCCACCCAGCAGAUUUGAGGGAUCUUCCGGAGCAAUUUCGGAAGAAGUUGCAGAUGCUGCGAGCAGAACCAUACAUGAUGAUCCGAAGAAAAUGUGGUGACAUAUGCAGCGAGCAGUUCGCAACACUAAAAGGGUGGCGCAUUCACGCCUCGAGAAUGCACAAGCAGGAUGGUAAAAUUCGCGUUCUUGAUUCGAAAACAACAAUUUAUAAAAAAGUCGAUGAUCUCGUUUCUCGCUCAAAGUUAAAGCAUCAAGCGUACAAUGCCAUGAAAGAAGCAGUUCGUGCAUGCUUUAUGCUCGAAGGCAUAAAAUAUAGAAAUUACGGAAGUGGUGUAAUUGGAUGAUACGAAAGUGUUCCAAUUCAAGUAUUCGAACGGAUUAGUUGGUAUUGCUUGAAAGCAAUGAAAUUUGGAAAUAGCAAAGCGGUCCCUUUCGAGAAUGGUGGAGUAAAGGGAAAUGGUGGUCAGGUAGAAGAUUCGGUGGAUAUUUUGGUAGCACUUUGUGGAUUUUAG